UCCGUGCCGGUGGGUACAUCGGCGGAGCGCUUUGCCCCCUCGAGCUCCGUCUGCGUACAAGCCCAGUAUCCGCCGCUAGCGCUCUCUCGCUCCGCCCCGCCGCCUGCCUUUCCUAUCUAGGGGCUCAUCCAGAAGCAGUAGCAGAGCCGCGCCAAGCGCCGCUCUGGCUGCCUCCGCACUUCGGAGGGAUCUUUCGAUCUCGAGCAGCUGCGCCCGAUUCGCUUGGACUAGAGAGCAGGCAGAGGCGCGCGCCCUCGAAUUGGAGUGUGCAUCGGGGGAAAAAGGGAGAGAGAGAGAGAGAAGCACUAAGACUCAGACCUUAUUCCAUUUUAUCUUAGACCACCCUGAUUCAAUCAAGAUGGCAUCUUCCUUUGCCUGAAGAAGAUUUCUUGCCAGGCAGACAGUGACAGCAGUUGCAUCAUGGACCAGGAUAAUGAGUUGCCCAACACCACAGUCUUCUGGUACCCCUCAACUUCUCAGUUUGACAGUUUCUCACAAGAGACUCCAGCUACCAAUAUUUCCAUCAACAUCACAAGCCACCACUAUGAUUUGACUAGCAAUGCCAUCCUCACCUUCAUCUAUUUUGUGGUGUGCAUUGUGGGCCUCUGUGGAAAUACUCUAGUCAUCUAUGUCAUCCUUCGCUAUGCCAAGAUGAAGACAAUCACCAACAUCUACAUCCUUAACUUGGCUAUAGCUGAUGAACUGUUUAUGUUGGGCUUGCCUUUCCUGGCUAUGCAGGUGGCUCUGGUUCACUGGCCCUUUGGAAAAGCCAUCUGCCGGAUUGUCAUGACAGUGGAUGGAAUCAAUCAGUUCACUAGCAUCUUUUGCCUCACAGUCAUGAGUGUGGAUAGGUAUCUUGCUGUAGUACACCCCAUAAAAUCUGCUAAAUGGAGGCGCCCAAGAACAGCAAAGAUGGUCAAUGUAGCUGUCUGGGGCAUAUCUCUCCUGGUCAUACUGCCCAUCAUGAUAUAUGCUGGAGUGAUCAAUAAUCAUGGAAGCAGUAGUUGUACCAUGAUCUGGCCAGAUGAGUCUGGUGCUUGGUAUGCUGGCUUCAUCAUUUAUGCCUUUAUUCUUGGUUUCUUAGUGCCCCUAACCAUCAUUUGCCUUUGUUAUCUUUUCAUUAUCAUCAAGGUGAAAUCAUCUGGUAUUAGGGUGGGUUCCUCUAAGAGGAAAAAGUCAGAGAAAAAGGUCACCAGGAUGGUCUCCAUUGUUGUUGCUGUUUUCAUCUUUUGCUGGCUGCCCUUCUAUAUCUUUAAUGUCUCAUCAGUGUCUGUGUUUAUUGUGCCAACACCUGUCCUCAAGGGCAUGUUUGAUUUUGUAGUGGUCCUUACAUAUGCAAAUAGCUGUGCCAAUCCUAUCCUUUAUGCCUUCUUGUCUGACAACUUCAAGAAGAGCUUCCAGAAUGUCCUCUGCCUGGUGAAAGUCAGUGGCAUGGAUGAAACGGACAGGAGCGACAGCAAGCAGGAUAAGUCCAGGCUUAAUGAAGCUACAGAAACUCAGAGAACAUUGCUCAAUGGAGACCUUCAGACAAGCAUCUGAGAGAUACCAGCAGUGGUCUGUACAGCUCCGUACUUCUUCAUAGAAGGCAGAAGUCCAUAUUGAAUGACAGCAAGAGCUAUUGAUCCUUCUCUUAACGGAAUGGUAAAUGUAUGUGAUGGAAAGGGCACAGGGCACAGAUGUACAUCACAGCUCUAGGCUAGCUGGUUUUGAAGAUAUUAAUCAAAAGAAGAAGUAUAUUGUGGGUGAUAGACUAGAAACACACAUUGGUGUGUGCACAGUAGUACAUGCAUGUAUAAAGGCAUGAUGCGAUCAAGCAUAGUAAGAAUUUCUAUACUAGAUCCAUCUAAGUAAACCUUUUUUUUUUUUAAUCCCUUUACUGGUAAGAUUUUUCCAGUACCCAUAGAUUUUGAAAUAUUCCAUUUCCAGGAUUUGAAUUAUAAUUUUCUUUAAAAAAAA